AAGAUCAACUUCAGAGGGAAAUUUCCUGACUGGACGCAUCGCCCGCUUCAAAUGUCGCGCUGCCGUGACGUCACCGUCAGCUGAGAGACGCAGAUCAAAACAAAGCGAAAAGAAUGAAUGCUAACACGCAGGUCUUGGAGCUCGCUGUGGAGGGGAGACAGGUGGAUGAAGCAGUUUUAAGCUUGUUCCACACCCUACUAUUCCACCGAUCUACAGGAAAGUUCCACUAUAAAAAUGAUGAUACAUACGCAGUAGGCACCAUUGGCUUCCAAGAUGUUGACUGCGAUUUCAUUGAUUUCACUUAUGUACGGUGUUCAUCAGAAGAGCUGGAUAGAUAUAUUCGCCGUGAAGUGAGUGGCUUCUGUGAAGCCAUUAGAGCCCAUGAUGCGCCCUCCAAUGGCUCUGUUGCUUUGGAAUUCUAUCAGAGGAAAAGGGGCCGUUGGCCAUUUGCUUCAGAGAACAUUCCCUGGGAAAUUUGGACUCUGAGAAUAAAUGUAGUAUCUCUGAAUAAUGAAAGUGAACGUCAAGUGUGGAGAGAGAAGGUGGGUGAAACCUUAGGGGAGAAGCUGUUACACAUAACAGACUCCCUGAAUAAGUACGACUUCAUUCCUUCACCACCCAACCAAGCAGAAAUUGAUCUCAUAUAUGACACUGCUUAUUCAGAUGUUCAGCCAUUCCUCUUCAAAGUCAACUACAACGUACCCCCCUCAAGCAACCCAUCAGCCACCACAACCUUUAAGAAACUACUUCGUGACACUCUUGCCCUCACCUAACAUUGGCUGGAGUUUAGGAUAUUGAAGAUAAUUUUGUUGGAAAAGUUUAUCUUUGACCACUACUAUAAGGUGUUUGGACAAAGAUCCAGUCAGAUUCUAUGAUGUUGUUUAUUGAGAACUGUGGCGUCCACGAAGGAACCUCUGUUGUGUAUUUGCAUCUGGUGUUGUAGUAAGAAAGCAUCUGGCGUCGGCAGGUUUCCGAUCUUAAUCAAAUGUUUUCAUUUUAUUACCUCAUAUACAACAAUAUCAUUCAGCAGUCUUUUUAUCUCUCAAUUUCUUGUUAGAUUUUGCUAGACUUAACGGUAGAGCAGAAUUACACAUUACUCUUGUUGUUGCUAUCAAUCAUUUUUGUUUAAUGAUCCUGUCACAAAUUACAUAGUAAUAGCAUACUGACACAUGUAAUUACUAGUUAACUUCUAGUAGAGAAUCGUGAAACAAAGCUUUUUGUCCACAAGAAAAGAAGCAUACUCCAUGUGCAGCACGUUACAGUUACGUAUAAUUUUAUUAUUCAAAUGUUGAUAUAUUUUAUAAGUUUUAUUUAUAACAGGUGCUCUUAUUAUAUAUGUUAGUAAGGCCUUUUUUCCAUGAGGAAAGAGUUAGUUUCAAGCACAGUAUUCCAUAAGUUCCAAAAAAUCAUUUUCAUUUUACAAUACAAAUAACUUUCAGCUUAUCAGCACCACCACAUCAGCAGUAGCAACUUGCUAUGCUAUAAAGGCGAUGUUUGUAAUUAUUUUUUUUCUUUUAAAGCAACUCUGGAGAACUAUUACCAAAAUGCAGAGAAGGUCAUCUGGAUUAUUAUGUCCAUGUAUUGUGGCUAUAGUGAGUUUUUUUAAAGGUGAUGGUAAAUAUCAGUAGCUGAUAUUCAUAUGAUUGUUGGAAUGGGAACUCAUCAAGGUUAGCAAAUUAUACAAUACAGUACGUAUUUGAAAAUUUAGAGGUAUGUAGUUCAUGCUACUAUUGUUCAGAAGCAAGAUUGAAGCUGCAUGAUUAUGGCUGCAAAUAUUUACUAUCAACCAGAAGAAACAAACUUGAGUGGGGCAUUUCAUAUCAACAGAGGAAACAAACUUAAGUUGGGCAUUUCACUUAUCUUGAUAAAUUGGUGUAUUAAUUAUGAGGCCAGUCACAUGGUGUGAAGUUUUACUUUUCUGAGCAACCCCGUAAUAGACAAGAAGUCUGGUAAAUUCAGUUGCUUUAUGAAUGUGGUACAAGUCUGUGGAAGAUACAGAAUCAAUAUAAUAAUCGGUCCUAUUUUCUUUGGAUAUAUAGUGUUCAUUGUACAUAAAUUUUCUUGUACUGUACCGAUAUAGAAACAAUGGAAUUAGCAUCUUCCAAUACCAAAAGUUUUAUAAGCAGUGAUUUGUUCUUAACAUACAAUUUCCUGUCACAUUCAUGUGAAGUGAUAGGGCAAGUCGUGUUUAUUGUUUUGCAAGACCAACUCUAGGUGUUACUUGAAAAUGUGGAAUUGCUUUUUUCUGCUUAUUUUCAGCUACUUGUUAGUUGCUACUGAAGGAGCCUUUUUGAAAUUUCACACUACUGAAAUUUAAAAUACCUUACCAAUGAGUAAUUGACUUUGAGAGUUUCUACUUGAGUUUCCCCAGAACUUUCUUCAUAAUCCGUCUUGGUCCUACCUCUCAUUUUGUCACACUCCAUAUCCGUGCCAAAUAACUCCAGUCGUGUGAACUGUAAGACAGCUGUCAUAUGCCAUGACUUUUCAUUUCAUACAAAUACAGUAUAUAAUCCAGAACAGAGUUGUAAAGCUGACUGAUCUAGUAAUAAUUCAGUACUGCAUCAAACUGACAAAUAGAUGCAUCUUUGUUACCAAUUGCAGGAUGAAAAUGUGUUCCAGUUUCUAGUGUGAGCAAAGCCAUAUUUUAAGCUUCUAACAUUGCAUUUCAGUAGACCUAGAUAUGCUGGACACUCGCAGAUAAAAUUUCAGAAUCUUUGUUUAGCAUGUAUGGCUUCAACAGCUAUCAAGUUCUUUUGAAAUAAUCAGCACUUCGCAUGAAUUGUGUGUGUGGUCUUAAUGGUAUCAAACCAUUUUACUGUACUACUCUGUUGCAGCUCUACAUUUAUCAUCCAAUAAUCUUUAUAGAAUUAGUUAAAAAGAUUGAAACAUUUCAUGUCUUCAGGCUUAAUUUGCUUGUACUAUAUACAGUACUGCCUAUCUUAGCUGUAUAGAACACAGAUCUCAUAAGCAAAUAAUAAGCUGGUAGGAUAUUUGCACUACACAACACUACCUUAGCCACCUUACACUUUCAAUAGAUUUUCAGUGUUUUCUUGUGGCACUGCCUCUGCAAUUAUUAAAUAGUAAUUUUUGCAUAUUUUUUAGUAAAUAUGGAAAAAUCUCGGCUGCUGAUAAAUCAUCAACUUCUGAAAUGUGACCAAAAUUGCUUUGGCUGGAUACAGUAAACAGCAAAGUUAAAGGCACACAGAAAACCAGCUUUGCUAACUUGUGAACUUGCAAGUUGCAAUUUUUUUUUUAACCGAUAUGCAAUCCAUUAAGUUUUUCCAACUUGAAACUUCAGUACUUUAUCACCAGAAAGCAGAUUAUUUGCAUUCAUGUUUAGCUGCUUUUAAAACUGCAUUAGAAUAACACAGCUUUUAAAUUUAUGUGUGAGUAGCUAAACAUAUUACCUAUAUGAUUUACAAUUAAUUUUCAUGCUGUAAAUCAUCACAGAAAAAUUUACAAGCCAUUGUACUUUAAUUUACAUGUUUUUAAACUUAUGGCUUAACAGCACAUUAUUUGGCUGCAUGUUUAAAAAAAAAAAAAACAAAAAACAUUGAUACACUGUACCCUGAAAGUGAAAUUUAUUUUGUAUUGGACAAAAAUAAUCUUGAUUCUAGCUUAAGAUAUUAACCACACUCUUGGGAUUACACCAUUACUGUAAUCAAAAUUUAUCAUCUGGACUGGAGUUCAUUUCACUAAAACCAAUUUUUACGAGAAAUUUUCAUUUUGGGGAAAUGAUUGUUCCUCAGCAGUUAAAAAAAUAUAUAUAUAUCUAGAAUCACUGUUCCCACACCCCAGCUGUUCAAGUGCUAGGGCUGUAUCCCUGCCAUAUAAGUGUUGGGUAUAAUUCCAUUCUGUAAAUAAAUAGAUAAUGCAAGAUUUUUCUACACUAACUAGGAAGAGUGCUUUAGAUUUUAUAAAGUGUUGAAUAAAUAAAUAAAUAUAAUGUAAGUACAGUAUAUGGAAUUUUGUAGUAUUUUAUACAUGAAUGUUUAACCGUUUAAUUUGUUAAGUUUGUGUGUGCAUGUGUGGAUGUUGGUACCUGUAGAAUGUUGAUCUAAAUAUGUCUUUUUACCCUGACCGGGUUUGAAGGUUUGAACGGGACUAAAGUCUGUCCCUCAGCAUCUGUGACUCGUUGAUGCAGUGUUGGUUGUAUCUUAACAGCAUUGUUUGUUAUACAAAACAAUUCACAUACAAAAAGCAUUGGCGUCCAAUGUUACAGUUAGAUUCGUUCAAAAAUUUACCCUGGGGAGAGAUAUAUUUUUGUCUUUUGUUUGACAAAGCAGGUGAAUAUUCUUACUAUGCUUUGGUUUAUUAGUCAAGAGUACUUUAAGUACCAGUCAGAGUUUACAGUUUUAAGCAUUAGUAAUUUAGUGAAGGCCUUUGCAAGCACUGAAAAAGAAUUUAUAAUGUCUUGUCAGUUGAAGUAAACAAUACCUUGCCCUAAAUUCUUAAUGUAGAGAUAUAAAAAUACAGCAAGAACAUAUUGGCAUCCCAGCUUAACAGGAAAUUGUGCAUUUCUUUCUAAUGGGUUAUGAUGAAUAUAAUUUCUAUGGAAGAUAAAACCUGAAAGUAGAAUCAGUGUAGUGAAGAACACAGAUUUUACAGGCACCCAAGGAUAAACAUGUAAAGAAUUUUUAUCAAGCAGGCACAAAACAUCUGGCAAAUAUAUUGUAACUAGUGGUUAAUGUUAAAAGUGUCCUCAAUUAACAGUAUCAGGAAUAAGUAUUUACCACAGAAAUCUGUUGGGUAGGUCACUGUUAUUGUCUAGCAUUAUGAGUACAGUUAUCACUUGUGCAACAAAUAAUUUUGUUCACAGAGUUCUGAAUAAUUUUAAGGUUUCCGUGACAAUACUACGGUAUUACUCAUCACAUUUUCGCCAUAGUUAUUGUCAGUACACCUGAUCUUGGCCAACCAAAACAACAGCAUUAUGCUGCAGCUUUAUACAUAAUACAGGUAACCUAUUGACAUCCUACAAAAGCACUUCUAUUAUUUUGAUAAGCAAGAGGAAUGAAUUGUCUUGGUAACUAAGUACAAGGUUUCUGAUCAAUAUUCUUUGCUUCUUUGGGGAAAUUUUACCUUAUGGCAUCUGUCACUGAGGAAAGAAAGAAAGAAAGAAAAAAAAACAUUUUGAAUCCCGCAGAUGAAUAAAAAAUAAGAAAAUUUAAGGCUGAAAAUUUCCUGCACUUCCUCUUAUGGAACCCAUCUGCACUAGAAAUAACCUUAUUGAAUUAAUGCCCCAAGCGUAAAGUAUAGUGUAUAGUACUGCAAAUGUCAUCUCCGACUUUAUACGUUUGUUUUUUAAAUGUCUGGAUGUGAAUGAGGGUCAAGAGCUGGUCAUGUGGAUACCGAAAACACGUGUACCAAGACUGAGGAAGGCUUUAGAGCUUUAAAUGGUUGAUAGGUAAUCACUGAUAAUCUGAAUAAGAGGUUAUCAGUAAACAAUAGAUUUAAUUAAUGCUUGUACAUUAUGCUUAUAAGUUAUUUUGUCAAUAAAAUAUUUAUUUAA